AUGCUGUGGAGAGUUGCAUUGUUGACGUUGGCAGCCCUGCUGCUGACAGCUGGGAAGCCCCGGCACUUUGAUUCACACACCGUGUACCGCGUUUUGCCCACCAAGGAGCUCCACGUACAGUUCCUCAAUGAGUUCGCCAACAAGCACCUCCACGACAUUUUGUUCUGGGAGGAUGCCAACGUCGCCAACAAGUCGGCAGACGUGAUGGUAACGCCGAGAAUGCAGAGCAGCUUCGUAAAGGCACUCAAGGAGAAGAGCAUCACAUAUUCUGUCUUCAUAGAAGAUGUUCAAAAUAUUAUUGAAAGCCUUCUAUCGUGCUCAGCCAUACACGCGAGGGAGUGGAUCAGCACGGCCAGCGUGACGUGGUUCAUCAACGAGAUCCUCAGCUCGACCGACGCCAGAGUGAGAAGCAUCGUUGAUCAGUUCGACUUCUACAUCUUCCCUGUCACCAACCCCGAUGGAUACGUGUACUCUUGGACGGAUAAUCGUUCAAUAUCCACAGAGGAGGGAGCCAGCAGCAACCAAUGUCGUGAGGACUACGCUGGACCGAUGGCGUUCUCUGAGUGUGAGACAAAGGCCAUGUCAGAGUUCCUGGCCAGACUGGGCAGCGACCUGCAGGUCUACCUGAGCUUCCACAACUACAGGCAGCUGCUCAUCUAUCCCUACGGUUCAUCUCACGAAGUCGCCGACAACGCCGUUGAACUGCACAAAAUGGCUGAGAAAGCAGUCAAAGCUUUGGAAUCCAGAUACGGCACCCAUUAUGGCUUUGGCAGCGUUGUGGAUGCAAUCUACCCUGCGACUGGCGGCAGCAUCGACUGGGUGAAGGGCAAGCUGGGCGUGCCCUACGUUUUCCUGUGGGAGCUGAGGGACAAGGGUCAGUAUGGCUUCUUGCUGCCCCCGGACCAGAUCAUCCCCACCAGCGAGGAGACCUUCGACAGCGUCCUGUCCGUCCUCGAGGACGUGUGGGACGCUAUCCGCUGUUAG